AUGAUUGGACAAAUGGAUGGGUAUUCGAGACGCUAUAUGAAUGAAACGGGACGAGUCAGUCCUGACACUACCACUGGCCGGCAGAGAUGGGACAGGCGGACUUCUGAAGUAAUAAAACUGUCAUCAACUGUCAUUAAAAAUAUUGCCGGUAUGAAGAAAGAGGCAACUCUUCUAAAUGCACGUCCAAUGUGUGAUAAUACCACCCACGCAUAUAUCGACAUAUGA